CUUGCACUUGGACAUCAUUACACUUCAAGAUUGCUCGGUGAUAACCGACCACGACACCUACAGUACCUACUAGUCCUAUUCUUGCGCACGAGCAUUUUACGAUCUUCACGAUCAUCACGCGCAUAGAUCCUUCGUACCGUUCCAAUCGCUAUUUUUAAAACGUCGAUAGCCACCAACAAUGGCUUCAGCUGGACAGGCCCCCAUCGCUACAGUCUAUGUACGCAAUCUCGAGGAGCGCGUCAAGCCAGAGCCCCUCAAGGAGGCCCUGCGCACCAUCUUCUCCGAAUACGGCAAUGUGAUUGAUAUCGUCGCCAAGACCAACCUCAAGGCCAAGGGCCAGGCCUUUGUGGUCUUUGACAAACCCGAGUCGGCUCAGGCUGCCAUCGAUGAACUCCAGGGCUUCGAGCUGUUUGAGAAGCCCAUGGUGGUGACCCUGGCGCGGACGAGGAGCGACGCUACGGUUAUUCAGACUGGCAACGAGGAGGAGUUUGACCAGCACAAGCGCAGGCGCAUUGCUGAGAAGGACAAGAAGAGAGCCCUCGAAGUCGCCGAACAACAAAACCGCCUCAAGCGUCCUCUCCAGGGUGCCGCCCCCGAUGCGCGCCCUGCCAAGAACCAACGCGGUGCCGGCCUCAAGGCUACGGGCCAGGGCCCUGCUGCUGUUGUACCCGACGAGUACCUACCUCCCAACCGUAUUCUCUUCGUCCAGAACCUACCCGACGACUUCACCAAGGACGACCUCACUACCAUCUUUUCCCGCUUCGAUGGCUUCCGCGAAGUCCGUACUGUGCCUGGUCGCAGUGGUAUCGCUUUCGUCGAAUACGAUGCCGAGGCUGGUGCAAUUACCGCCAAGGAGAACACGGCCGGCAUGGCCCUGAAGAACGGCGAAAAGAUCAUGAAGGUUACCUACCAGAGACAGUAGAGCAUGUUUUGAAGGAUGCGUGCCCGGGGAAAGUCAACAAAGGAAGCAGUAGUAUUGUGCGAUACAGAUGUUAUGCACUGCACAGUUUAUCAGAGUGUGCUAGAAGUUUUUCGUUUCGUGAGGGCACCACUCGGGCAGUUCGCAAAGCGCCUUCUUCAGAUACCCAUUGCUACAACAAGAUUAAAAACAAGACAAACUCCU